UGAUGCCUAACAAGAGUGCCCAAGAAGUUCUGGAAGCGGCCGAAGUUCUACAUGGCGAAAGCAACGAUAUUCACUUUCUUGACUCCCUAUUGAAAGAUUUGAAUCAAAACGGAGUAGCGGGUGAAGCCUACAAAGAUGCAGUGGAUCUAGUGAAAGAUCUCGUCUCCAGCCCACUUGAACAAUUUGAAAUAAUUCCAUUGAUUCCUAUGAAAAUAGGAAACUUAUAUUUCUCAUUCACAAAUCCAUCUUUGUUUAUGCUACUAACUCUCAGUUUGGUCCUACUUUUGAUUUAUUUUGUUACUAAAAAGGGAGGAGGAAACUCAGUACAAGCUUGGCAAUCCUUGGUAGAGCUUAUUUAUGAUUUCGUGCUGAACCCGGUAAACGAACAAAUAGGUGGUCUUUCUAGAAAUGUUAAACAAAAGUUUUCCCCUCGCAUCUCGGUCACUUUUACUUUUUCGUUAUUUUGUAAUCCCCCGGGUAUGAUACCUUAUAGCUUCACAGUUAUAAGUCAUUUUCUCAUUACUUUGGGUCUCUCAUUUUCAAUUUUUAUUGGCAUUACUAUAGUGGGAUUUCAAAAAAAGGGGCUUCAUUUUUUAAGCUUCUUAUUACCCGCGGGAGUCCCGCUGCCAUUAGCACCUUUUUUAGUACUCCUUGAGCUAAUCCCUUAUUGUUUUCAAGCAUUAAGCUCAGGAAUACGUUUAUUUGCAUUGACCUGA